UUUGAUUGAUGGGUCACAGCGCCGGUUUCACGGCCACGGCACUUGACUUCAUUUCCCCCCAGAGCGGACGGCUCUCGGAGUGCGGCGCGGUACUCCAUCGCCUCGGUAGCUGCGACAAGAUAGACAAAAAAAAAAUAAAAAAAAUAAAAAAUGCGGUCGUUAUUUAGGAGUUGAAUGGAGUUUAGUCGCCAUAUUCGUCCUGGUGUGUAUCGCGGAAUUGAAGUGUCGAUGCCUUCGAGGAGGGAUAUACCGCCACGCAACCAAAGAUAAACAAGCCGUAUGAGAAGAGACAACUCUAUCUUCAAGAUGGAAAGUGUAGCUGCCAUUUUGAUGUGCAGUGAUGUUUUCUAACAACCGCCCGCCCAGGCUGUGUGCCGCCCUAGAGCACCAUCAUGCUGGCCUGCAUUCAAAGACGGCAGAACCUCUCCUCGUCCUCGCAGCAUCUGACCUGCAUGCCUAAAAGCCUGGAUGUCCUGACGCCGCCAUUGCUGCUGCCGGUUCCACCGCCACAGCAGCAGCAGUCAUGCAGACAUAAAGGCGAUCCUUCACGGUACCCUUCUCCCGCCGAGCUGGACGCCUUCGCCAAGAAGAUCGCCAACAGUCCGCUGUCCAUCAAGAUCUUCCCGUCCGACAUCCGGGUGCCGCAACACAAACAGCUGAGCAAGACGGUGAACGGCCUGGACACCACCGGCCAGAGCUACAGCCCCUACUCGCAGUCCUACCACCGUGGUUUGUUGGCCAUCGGGAAGGCGGCGGCGGCAACCACGAAAAGCGUGGUGAAGAACUGUGAGGGAAGAAGGACUAAACACGCCUGCAUGGCGCCGUACAAAACUCCCAAUGACGGCUACUCCAUCAGGCACAAGGCUUACCACGUGAGCGCCUGCAAGCCCCCGGAAGUCCCGGUGGAGACGCUCUGUCCUAGCACCGCAGACCCCAGCCUGGUGGAGGUUCACAGCCUGAUGAGGCAGCUGAGCAAGGUCCCCCGGGGGCCUGGGGUGGCGCCUCCGCAGCUCGGGGGAGAAGUGGCGGCCGCCGCGGUGGCCCACUCGGACUACGUCGCGGGCGUCCCGCCGCCGCAGAGCAGCAUGGCGUUCAGCGGGGCGGUGCUGCCCACGCAGAGCGCCGCCCACGUGGGCGACUACACGGCCUGGCAGCACCAGAUGUACCCGACCAGGAUGUACGGCAUCGGACAAUCACCCGACAGCUGCCUCCCUUUGCCGUCCUCGUACGGGUUGCACCCUCCCAACGCGGGCCGGGAGCGACUGGGCGCCAUGCAGGGUCACUUCUCCGUGCGGCACUUUUGGGACGGCGUCGCCGCCACGCCCGGCAGCGACUGCUACACUCCUCAGGUGCUUGUCACGGGCACGAUGGCGGCCCAGCACCCCCGCCUCCACCCCAACCACUACCAGACGCAUUUUCAGCCCGCCCCUCUACUCGCUCACGCUCAGGUCUACGGCGCCGACCAAAGCCUGUGCUGCGGGCCGCCGGGCGCCGGCGUGUGUCACGCCGCGGCGCUCAGCAGGAGUCUGCAGUCUCUGGAGUGCCUCAUCAGUGAGAUCCACCCGCCCUGCAUCAAAGAGAGCAUGCUGGGCCGCGCCUACGAGGCCACGCAGAUGCUGGAGCAGCACCACCAGCGCCCUCAUCUCCACGCCCACAUCCAGCUCCCCGUCUACAGAUGAGGCGCCUGGUCGUCGCACCGCCACCCGCCCGCAAGACAGGAACAUCAUCGGCUGCCGUUACUCCUCAGUGGUGACCUGCCCUACUUACUCAUCGUGUGCCGUGACAAGUGAACACUCUGCAGGUUACAGGAACUAUAAAGUUACUUGAAUCUUGAAAGCAGCUCUGGUAAUGCUACUUUUUUUUUUUUUUUUUACUUCUGCAAUAUGAUUCUUAGGGGGGAGAUAGUUUGACCGUGUGUGGUAUGUGUUCUUUGUCAUGCAUAUUCUGUCACCUUUGUAUAUCAUUUGCACGUCGUCCGAAUCAAGCAGAAUGUGAUCUUUUGUAUUCA